AGUAAACCCGACAGCCCAUUGCAUUCUCGCUGUAGAAACAAGAAUCCCCAACUAAAACCCACCAUUAGAAGAAACGCCCCCAUACGGCUCACGUUAGUAAGGGGGCGACUCUCUCUCAUUUCCUCAUUGGAAUAGCGAUGGAUCGAAUAUUGAAAUCUCGUCAGUCAAUUUCAUUUCGUCGAACCAUCUCUUCUCAGUUACUGAUCGGCGUGAUCUUGGUGUUCCUAGCGUCUGGGUCAUAUGGAUCUCCCAUUGGAAGCCAUAAAAGUGGGAAAUCAUCUGUAUUUUCCUUGUUUAACCUCAGAGGAAAGAGUAGAUUCUGGAGUGAAUCUGUAAUUCGUGGGGAUUUUGAUGAUUUGCAAAGUUCAGUAUCUUCUAGCUCUGGCAAGAUGGGUGUGCUCAACUACACCAAGGCAGGUAAUAUUGCAAACUAUCUGAAGCUUUCAGAAGUCGAUUCUAUGUACCUUCCGGUUCCUGUGAAUUUCAUUUUCAUAGGAUUUGAAGGGAAAGGGAACCAUGCCUUCAAGCUUGCUUCUGAAGAACUCGAACGGUGGUUUACGAAAAUUGAUCACAUUUUCGAACAUACACGAAUUCCACAUAUUGGAGAGGCUCUCACCCAAUUUUACAAGAUUAGCAUUGAUAAAACGCAACGCCACCAUCUCCCUCUUAUCAGUCACAUAAAUUACAAUUUUUCUGUCCAUGCUAUACAGAUGGGGGAAAAGGUUGCCUCUGUCUUUGAGCAUGCCAUAAAGGUCCUAUCCCGUAAGGAUGAUGUAUCUAAUACCAGUGACGGUGAAGAUGUUCUCUGGCAAGUUGACAUGGAUAGGAUGGAUUUUCUUUUUACAAGUCUUGUUGACUACCUUGAACUUGAGAAUGCAUACAAUAUUUUCAUCUUGAAUCCCAAGCAUGACCAAAAAAGACCUAAAUAUGGUUACCGGAGAGGCUUAUCUGAAUCAGAAAUAGAUUUUCUUAAGGAGAACACAGACUUGCAAGCCAAACUUCUCCGAUCAGAAAGCACCGCACAAGGAAAGCUUGAAAUUGAUAAGAGCAAGAGACCUUUGUAUUCUAAGCAUCCCAUGAUGAAAUUUGCUUGGACAAUGGCUGAGGACAUUGAUACAGUCGAGUGGUCAAAUAUCUGUUUAGAUGCCUUGAAUGGUGUUCAGCAGUUAUAUCAGGGAAAGGAUACUGCUGAGAUCAUUUACAGCAAAGCUGAACAGAUGUUGCAUGGGAAGAGUGAUGAUAUGAAGCUCCUCUUGGAAAAGGAGUUAAAAACUGGGGAAUUAGCUGGUCUUCAUGCGGAAUGUCUCACAGACAUAUGGAUAGGGAGAGACAGGUGGGCAUUUAUUGAUUUGAGCGCAGGCCCUUUUUCUUGGGGUCCAGCUGUAGGUGGAGAGGGCGUGCGCACAGAACUUAGUUUACCAAAUGUUGGGAAAACCAUUGGUGCAAUUGCAGAAAUGACAGAAGAUGAAGCCGAAAAUCGACUGCAAGAAGCAAUUCAGGAAAAGUUUUCAGUAUUUGGCGAUCAAGACCAUCAAGCCAUUGAUAUCCUUUUAGCUGAGAUUGAUAUAUAUGAGCUUUUUGCAUUCAAACACUGCAAAGGAAGAAAAGUUAAGCUUGCCCUAUGUGAAGAGCUUGAUGAGAGGAUGCGGGAUUUGAAAAAUGAGCUGCAGGCUUUUGACGGUGAGGAAUCAGAUGAAAGCCAUAAGGUGAAGGCCAUAGAUGCAUUGAAGCGAAUGGAGAACUGGAAUUUGUUUAGCGAUACAUAUGAGGAUUUCCAAAAUUAUACAGUUGCACGUGAUUCUUUCCUUGCUCAUCUCGGCGCUACCUUGUGGGGUUCUAUGAGACACAUUAUUUCACCUUCGGUUGCUGAUGGAGCUUUUCAUUACUAUGAAAAGAUAUCCUUUCAGUUAUUUUUUAUUACGCAGGAGAAAGUCAAGCAUGCUAAAAAUGUACCUGUUGAACUCAAGGCUCUCAUGGAUGGCCUUUCAUCCUUGUUGGUACCUUCUCAGAAAGUCAUGUUUAGUACGCACAUGUUGACACUUUCGGAGGAUCCUGCUUUGGCAAUGGCUUUUUCAGUUUCACGACGUGCAGCAGCUGUCCCACUAUUGUUAGUCAAUGGAACAUAUAGGUCUACAGUUCGUGCGUAUCUUGACUCCUCCAUUCUCCAGCAUCAGUUGCAGAGGUUGAGUGAUCACGAUUCACUUAAAGGGGCACAUUUACAUAGCAGGUCUACACUGGAAGUUCCCAUAUUUUGGUUUAUACACGGUGACCCGCUAUUUGUGGACAAACAUUAUCAGGCAAAAGCUCUUUCUGACAUGGUCAUUGUUGUUCAGUCGGGCCCAUCAUCUUGGGAAAGCCAUCUGCAGUGCAAUGGGCGGUCACUCUUGUGGGAUUUGAGGAGGCCUAUAAAGGCUGCCUUAGCUGCUACUGCUGAACAUCUUGCUGGUGUGCUUCCUCUUCACCUGGUCUACAGUCAAGCUCACGAAACUGCAGUAGAGGACUGGAUAUGGUCGGCUGGUUGCAAUCCUUUGUCUAUAACUUCUCAAGGCUGGCUUGUUUCAAAGUUCCAAUCAGAUACAAUAGCUCGGAGCUACAUAACCACAGCACUUGAGGAGUCAAUACAACUUGUUAAUGCAGCUGUUCGUCUUCUAGUCAUGGAGCGCACUACUGCACAGACCUUCAAGCUCUUCAAAUCUAAGGAGCAUGAGUUGGUGAAUGGAUACAAUUCAGUCGUUAGUAUGUGGAGAAGAAUUUCAAUUAUUUCUGGGGACUUGCGUUAUGCUGAUGCCAUGAAUUUGCUGUCCUUCCUUGAGGAGUCAUCCAAAGGAUUUAUGAAUUCCGUAAAUGCUACGAUUUCUGCACUCCAUCCAAUCCACUGCACACGAGAAAGGAAAGUCGACAUUGAGGUUGACAUGACGACGAUCCCUGCAUUUUUGGUUGUUUUUGUGGUUCUCUGGUUCGUGCUGAGACCGAGGCGACCCAAGCCCAAGAUUAAUUAAGUGGAACAGCUGGAAGGAAUGAGCUGUAUACUUUUCUCAAAUGCCUUGGUUGAGAUGUCUUUCUUUCCUUUUCUUCCUAUUGAGGUUCUGCUGCAGCUGUUGUGCUUCGUGUGUCACGGAGGAAUGGAAAUGGAAAAAAGGAGUGGUGAAAUGGCCUGCAACCCUUUCCAGUUGGAGUUGGAUGCACCUUGCAGUGACCAUUGUAACUGUGAUAGUAAAAUGAUUAAUUUCUUGGUUUAUUAAACGAUAAUAGAAGUGAUAAUAGAAGUGAAACGUGAGCUUUCUGACCCAAUUAACAUUGAAAUUUUGGAGUUACCUUUGCAACAAGGCGUAUAUUUUGGGGCUGUUAUGGAAUCUUUGGAUCUUCUGA